CGGGGAGCGCCGAGCUCUCUGCCUCCGUCCGCUCUCCCCGCCUGGGGGGGCGAAGGUGUCGCUGAGGAGCGCGAAGAGGCCGCGGCUGUUUACUGGCGCGCGUCUGUGGGCGCAGGUGCGGCAGCGCCCCCUGUCAGCAUGGGGGGGCGGCUGCCGCUGCCGCAGGUGGCACUGGCCGUGGCGCUCGGCGUGGCCAGCGGGCUCUACAUCUACCGGCCCGUCUUCCAGCCGCCCGGGCCCCGACAGCCCCCCGAGGGCACGGCGGGGCCGCCGGCGGAUGCUGCGCCGGAGAAGAGGCCUUGAGGGAGUGGUGUGAGCUGCGUCGCUGCCCUGGCGCCGUUCCCUGGCACAGCCUCGCAGCCCGGACCUCCGCGCCCGCCCUCAGAGGAAAUGGCGCCCGAGCCCCUGACGAAGUCGGAGCAUCCGUCGCCUGACAGGGAACGUCCGUCCUGCGCCGUGCGCCAGCUGUGGCGGUCCCGAGCGGCCUUCGCUGCAGCUCGGCCGUGCUCUGGAGCGAUCCGCCGGCUGAAGAUGUAACUGCAUACACGUGUGUUUGGUACCAGCCUGUAGGGACGUGAAUGUUGAAAUAUGUAUAAAAUUCUGAAUGGUGAAAGGUAUGUCUUCACGUCUAAGUUUAAAUAAUCACCAGGGAACUGGAAAAAGUCACUGUUGUAUGGUUACGCUUCAGGGAUUUUUUUGGAUGGCCUCUGUUCUGAUACUCCAAGCGAUAAAUACCAUUUUUAUCUAC